GUUACGUAAUUUUUAAACAGGCUGUUAUCUAAAGUAAAGCAUACCCCUAAAAAAAAACCUGAAUAUUAUUGUGACGUAAAUAGCAGACCAAUAAAAAGACAAUUUCUCAACACGACGUUUGUGAAGCAUUCGGAAGCUUGUCAUAUUAUCGCAAUAAUUCAGUAGUCCCGAUUAACUACAGAAGAAUUCUGUGCAAAAAGCAUGUUUUUUUUAUAGAUUUAUGUUUUCUUUCUUUUAUGCUAAACAACAGAGGAUAUAUAUGAAUUUUAAAAUUCAUUUAACAAUGUUUCUUCUGUUAUAAGCAGUUGUGUGUGGGAAAAUAAAGACAUACGCAGACGAAGUUUUAAACUGCGUGAAGAAGUCAUACAAUUCCUGUUGAAGGUUUCUACUUGGAAUGUGAAGUUUGUACAGAAACCAUCUGUCAAUGUGUCAAACGUAAGUGACGUUUUUAGUGUAUUCAAUAUGCCACGCAACUCUAUUCACAGUGUGCGAUCAUGUCGACUCUUUGUGAUCAUCGUUCUAACCGUUUUCGGUUUGGCGAAUCUGGCCUGGUUGCUAGUUUGCACGUACAACCCUGGAAGAUGUGUUUUUAAAACCGAAACUGGAACCAGAAGUAUGAAUCGAGUUUACUACCAUAGCGAAGCUGUUGUCUCUAGUCCAGGCUUACUCCCAACAGUCGCAUCAACCAAACAAACUCCGAUAACAGUUAAAUCAACCAAACGAACUCCGAUAACAGUUAAAUCAACCAAACGAACUCCGAUAACAGUUAAAUCAACCAAAGGAACAAAAACGACAGUAACAAUAACGCAGGAGAUGAAAACAAGUCAGUCAAACAGUGAGACUAGCGAGCGUCCGGAUACGUGCAAAAAUUGUUUUCAGCAUAAUUUUAAAUUUAUUAUCCAAAACAGGGCAGUUUGCAAUUCAUUCGUCAAAAAAUCAACAAUAGACCUCAUAGUUCUGGUGUUCACAAUCCACGGCCAUUUCAAAGAAAGGGCUGCACUUCGACAAACGUGGCUGGCUGUGUCAAGAUCGAAUAGGGCUACCAUUAGGUACGUGUUUUUGCUCGGAGACACAAAAGACGAGGACUUGAGCAAGAAGGUCGAACAGGAAAAUGACGUACACCACGAUAUAAUAAAAGAGUCCUUUGUGGAUUCUUAUCAGAAUUUAACCUACAAAACGGUCAUGGGAUUAAAAUGGGUGACGUACUUCUGUUCCAAGGCUAGAUUCGUCAUGAAGACCGACGACGACAUGUACGUCAACCUCCCAGCCAUCGUUCGAGUCUUGAUCAAAGAGGAGACAGCUCUUCAAAGUUCCGUUUCCGGUUAUUGUAAAGUCACAGCUAAACCAAUCAGAGAGCCCAGGUCGAAAUGGUACGCGCCUAUUAGGAGUUAUCCCCAGGAAACGUACCCGGGCUACUGCUCCGGAACUGGAUACGUCAUGAGCAAGUUUGUGGCCGUACAGAUAUAUGAAAUUUCGAAGAUGGUUCCUUUCUUUCACUUGGAGGAUGUGUAUGUGUCGUUGUGUGUGAAACAGCUCGGGUUCAAAUUACGACAACUGCCCGGUUUUCUUUCCAGAAGAAAGCUUGAUCCUUGUCUCAUGAAAUCAAAUCGCAUUCUAACAAGUCAUAAGGUACCAAUGGAUUUUCUUUAUAAAAUCAUGGGUGCAAAAUGUACAUAAAUAAAUAUGAUUAAUAAAGUAAUUUUCAAAACCAAACCAAGAACACGUACUACGUAUACGUAAAUAAAAUUUGAUAUUUAUCAGGAUAAUCUUAUGAAAGGAAAUUUGACGGACAUGAAUAUUGUAAAUAGUAAUUUUGUUCAGUAAUGAACUCACUGAUAAAUAUAAUUAUAUAGAACAUAAAAUAUUCGUACUCAUCAAAUUGUUUUAAUCCAGCAUAUAACGGGUUCCCUAUCACGAUUUGAAGAGGUGAUGUUGAAUAUAUUAUCCCUCUCAUUAAACAUUCCCAUUGAAAACUGACCGAGACAGCUUUGCAGGACAGCUGAGAAAUGUAUAGAGAGGUGCAGAAUUGGGAAAUAUUUCACUAGCCCGACGGACCAGAACCAACUAAAAUUUACUAGCUCACCACAAUUUGUACUAAUUCGACAGCCUAUACAAAAUAUAUUAUUGUUUAACAACAUUUUACUAUAAUACUUGUAUAUAUAUAGGUGUGUAUGUAUGUAUAUAUAUGUGUGUGUGCGUGCGUGCGUGCAUGUGUGUAUGUGUGUAUAUGUAUAUGUAUAUGUAUAUGUAUAUAUGUAUAUAUAUAUAUGUGUGGACACAGAUAGUGUGCCACAAAAGUCCUCCCCAAUCCCUCUGCAUUUUGUUCAUGCUGUUACUGGUAGACCACAUCCCAACUUGGUAGGCAACUCGUUUUGAGUACUGAAUUAAGGUACCCUGCAAGGGUAAAAUGGUUUCCAUUGUCUUCCUGGAUGGGUAAAGGGGGUGGGACGUAGUCCAGUGGUAAAGCGCUUGGGUAAAGAAAACUCCCUGGCACUUCCACAACUUCACUGCAUGUGACACUACCUCUAUUUUCACCAGAAAAGGCAAAAGGACCACGUGGAACUGCAGCCAUGAUGUGACUUUUGCUUUUACCUACAUGGCACCCAACUCUUGCACCAAAGUACUUGUAAAUGGGGAAGUACAUUUGAUAGAGUAGACUAGUUCUACGUUGUUGUUGUUGUUGUUGUUGUUGUUUUUUUGUGUGGACUUCCCUAACUCUGGCUUCCAGAGACUGCAGUGAAUUGGUUAUGUGUUAUUACAUAUUGUAUAUAGACAUACAUUUAUUGUGUAUGCUG